AUGAGGCUCUUUGAGACGGUGUGGGAGUGCAAGUGGGAAGGGAAGGAGGAGGAGGAGGAGGAGGGGGAGGGGGAAGAGGAGAAGGAGGGGGAGGAGGAGGAGGGUAACCUCUUUCUUGGCUUCUGCUUCCCACUGUUCUGGAUUUUUAUCCCUCCUUUCUCCCUUCCUCCUUUCCUCCCACCACUACCGCCACCGCUACCGCCACCACUACCGCAACCUCAACCGCAACCUCAACCGCAACCGCUACCGCCAUCACCACCUCAUCACUACAAUUACCAUCACUUUCGCCUCCUUUCUGCUUCUUUCGAAUGUUCUAGGCUCGAUAAUAUGCUUAUGGAUGAAAAGGGCGAGUUGGAUA